AAGAAGAGGAGUGAUGAAGGAGAAUGGUCAAGAUAGAGAAAGCAGAAUUGCUGAAACAGCACAAGGGAGCUUGUAAGGAGUCAAGAAGCAAAGCACUGACAAGCCGAGACACAGUGUGAAAAAGGGAGAGCUUGCAGCAGCUUUAUUAUCAUCAGCAGAAGAGUCAGUCAAAUGCAGCCACACCGGGACUCUCACAGAUGAACCGUCACACGUCGCUCGCAGAGAAGUACCAGGAGCCAGCAUCGCAGCAGCACAGGGAAGCUAUAGCAAAAGCUUGAUGGAGGAGAUGAGGAGCAUCGCUGUCACCUGACUCAUUCUGGGAGUCAGCCUCAGCACCUGAGCAGCAUAUCGAGCACUCCCUCUACCAAGGGGUCUGAGGCAGACGAGGGGGAGAGAGCUGCUGAGAUUAUGCGCGAGGCAGCGAGCUCCAGUGGAUUCCCCAUCUUUGGCAACAGCAGCAGCAGCAGCGGGGGUAGUUGGAGGUUUGGCUCUCCAGACGACAACAGAGCCAACUGGAGCUGCAGCAGAACACGCAGCUCCAACUCCAAAGCUAUUUAUUUACCCAGGGAUGAAAGCAGCAUUAACAGCCACGGCGUAAGAGGAACCAGCUGCCAAUGUAGCCACAGUGUUGAAUCUACCUGUAGCAAAAGCAGUGACAGCUGUAGCAAAGCUGGUGCAAAGGAGACCUCAGCAGUGCAGUUUGGUUUAGUAGUAGUAGCAGCAGGGGGGGCAGUGGAUCCGGACACUGAAUGACCAGUGUGGCUCAUGAAGGCCACCUGGAUCCGCUUGCUGAAACGAGCCAAAGGAGGUCGAGUCAAGAGCUCCGAUGCCUGCGGUUCGGCCGACUCUUACACCAGCCGUCCAUCAGACUCCGAUGUUUCCCUUGAGGAGGAUAAGGAGGCGGCCCGCAGAGAGGCAGAGCGACAGGCUCAGGCACAGCUUGACAAAGCCAAGACCAAACCAGUUGCAUUUGCUGUCCGCACAAAUGUCAGCUACAGCCCCAGUCAUGAUGACGAUGUCCCUGUUCCCGGCAUGGCCAUCUCCUUCGAUGCUAAGGACUUCCUCCAUGUCAAAGAGAAAUUCAAUAACGACUGGUGGAUAGGACGUCUGGUGAAAGAAGGCUGUGAAAUUGGUUUCAUACCCAGUCCGGUAAAGCUGGAAAACACUCGCAUCCUCCAGGAGCAGAGAGCCAAACAGGGCAAGUUCUACUCAAGCAAACUGGGAGCAAACUCAUCGUCUAGUUUAGGUGAAGUGGUUCCUAACUCAAGGAAAUCUACUCCUCCUUCAUCUGCUGUUGACAUAGAUGCCACAGGUUUAGACCUUGAAGAAAAUGAGCUCCCAGUCAACCUGCGAUCCCCUAAAGCCAGUCCAAACACUCUUAUAUCACCCCUAGCAAAAGAGAAACGAAUGACCUUCUUUAAGAAGACGGAACACAUUCCUCCAUACGACGUUGUGCCUUCCAUGCGGCCCGUAGUUCUGGUUGGACCGUCUCUGAAGGGCUACGAGGUGACGGACAUGAUGCAAAAAGCACUGUUUGACUUCCUGAAACACAGAUUUGAGGGAAGAAUUUCAAUCACCCGUGUCACGGCCGACAUCUCACUUGCCAAACGCUCGGUCCUGAACAAUCCCAGCAAGCACGCCAUCAUCGAGCGCUCCAACACACGCUCCAACUUGGCUGAAGUCCAAAGUGAGAUCGAGCGGAUUUUUGAACUGGCCCGUACAUUACAGCUGGUUGUUCUGGACGCCGACACUAUCAACCAUCCAUCUCAGCUGGGGAAGACGUCCCUAGCACCCAUAAUUGUCUACGUGAAGAUCACCUCCCCCAAGGUGCUGCAGCGGCUUAUCAAGUCCAGAGGCAAGUCUCAGGCCAAACACCUGAAUGUCCAGAUGGUGGCCGCUGACAAGUUGGCUCAGUGUCCUUCUGAGAUGUUUGAUAUCAUCCUCGAUGAGAACCAGCUGGAAGAUGCAUGUGAGCACAUGGCUGAUUUCCUUGAAGCCUACUGGAGGAGUACUCACCCCACCAGCUCCAGCACCCCUGACCCAGUGCUGACGAAUCUACCUGUUGCGGCCCUGCCCAAUGCUCCGACGCCAGCCUCCGGUGUGCAGGGCAACGGUACAGAGCAGAGAGGAAAAAAGGCGUUAGUGGAGAGGAAGGGGUCCAAAGAAGACAACCAGCAUCAUCAUCACAAGCACCAUCACCACCAUCACCAGAGCCAGGACCAGGCUGACAUAGAGGCUGAGGAAGACAGCAAUGAGGAAGAGAGACCUCUAAGGACAGAGUCCGGCAAGAGACCCCCACACAUCCACCACAGGUCAUCAUCCACCAGGACUGAGCACCACCAUCACCACCACCACCACAGCAGCAGAGCCAGGGGCCUCUCUCGGCAGGAGACUUUGGACUCGGAGCCCCCCGAGAGCCGAGAGAGUCGCGAGAGCAAGGACUCUGCUCGCGUUGAGUCGCGGGCUCCGCUCCGCCACCAGGAUGAGGACGAGGAAGAGGACGACGACGACGACGAUGACGACGACGAGGAGGAAUUAGGGGAGGGGCACCCCCAGCAGCAGCACUAUUACGAGCCGCUGCCCCACCGGGACCACAACCACCAUCAUCACCACCACCAUCACCGCAGCGGGGCAGACGAGGCCGGCCUGGGACAUCACCGCUCAAAAGAGCGCGAACAGGACCACAACGAGCGAAACAAGCAGCGCUCUCACCACCACCACCGCCCAGCACACGACCACCACCACCAUCACUAUGAGCGGGACAGGGAGAAAGAACGAGAGGGGGAGGUGGCUCCCAAAAAGAGAGGUGAAGCAGGUGAGGUUUGGGCUAGAGACUCACACAUCCAUCAGUGACAGACCAAAGCCCUGCUGAAGCCCCUCUGAACUCUUCAUUCCUCCAUCAUGCUGCUAAACCCAGAAGCAUCCCGUUUCUCUCCCCUUCUUUGUAAAUGCUCUCACAUCUUUUACAGAAUUUUGAUUACAUAGAUAUAAAUAUAAAUAUAUAUACGUAUGUGUGUAUCUAUACAUAGACAUUGUUUAUGUGUGGAUAUGCAUGACUAUUUUCAAAUAUGCAUAUUUUAAACCUGUGUUUUGAUAAAGCAUGACCUGAAAGCAGAAUUUUUUUCUGUACUAAGCUGCGCUUUCUGUGAUUAGCAUUAUAAUUUUUUUUUAUUUUUAAUAUUAUUAUUGUUAGGUUUUAUUGCUUGCUACCACUUGAAUAAUUUGUUCCUUCAGACUACUGCGGGGGGGUUUACCAGCCAAUAUAGUUCGAUGCUGUAAUUGCAGAAUAGUUUGGCAGUUUGGGAAAUUUGCUUUCUUGGAUUAAUACCCACUAAUAAAACAGUCAGGAUUUUAUUUAUAGUACAAAAGUGUUGCAACAAUUAUUCCUGUUAGAAUUUAAUCAUAAAUUAAGUAAACAACAAUGUCUGAUCUAAAAUACCCCGGUACUAUUGCAACUACACUGCAAGUAAUAUUUCUGUCAUGAAGGUUGAUCCCCGUUUUGAGAGAUAUGGAUUUAACAUCACGUUUAUUUAAGCCAAAACACAAAAACUGUACUAAUAAGCCACGCCCGUUUCUCAAAAAGUCGGUGUGGUUUAGGGUCCAGAGGUUAUAUCUGCAGUUAUGUUCUAAUGCUACAUUGCUGCAGAAAUAUAUCUGUUAUGAAGGUUAAUCCAGGUUUUGAGAGAUAUGGAUUUAACUUCACGAUUAUUUAAGCUAAAACACAAAAAACGUACUAAUAAACCACGCCCAUUUCCCCGAAAGUAGGCGUGGCUUAGGGUCCAGAAGUUUUAUCUGCACAACCGCAGCACUAUUUCUUUUUAUGACGGUUGAUGCUCGUUUGGAGGGUUUAACUUUAUUAUCAUUUGAGCCAAAACUUUCAUCUUCAACCCCACCUACUCCAGAAGUUUUAAAUGUAUUUUAACUACAAUGGUGAUAAUGUGAAAAUUUUUCUAAUAACCCAGGCCUACUCCUUGACAAGGUGGGCAUGGCUUAUGAGCAAAAAACUAUAUCUGAUCCACUAAAAAUCAUCUACUGAGCUAAGAUUUCGCAAGUAUGUUUAAAAACCUAAACUAAAAGUUUGAUACACUCGAAAAUGUCACAACACCAUAAUUUGGUCCUAAUUGGUCUUUAAUACACUAUAAAAUACUUUUAAAUAUGAUUUAAAAGACAAUCUUGAUUAUUUAAAAAGAUUUUGACAACUUUUAGACAAAAUGUUGUCUAUAAUGCCACUAUAGUUGCCGUCUUCCUAAAUGGAGAACCUUAUGUAGGGAUGCACUGAUCAGAACAGGUAAAAUAGAAGAACCUCCUGGUAAAAUAUUACCCAAGUCACAACGUAGAAAACGUGCCAUACUGUAUGUUUGAGUUAGUAAAACCUCAAUAUAAGUUAAGAUCUCCAGAUCUAUCAGAUCUCCAUGACAUAACAGUAAGCAAAGAGUUAACCUAUUUGGCAUUCAAAAAGAUCAAGGUUGUCUCAGUGACUCUGCUUUGUUUAACCUGGAGGAAAACAUGAAAAUAUUUUUUUUUACAAGACACAUAGCCCCAUAUUUACCAGAAACUUGAAAGUCACAUUAGGAAAGAAUUUUUCCCAGAGUGGCACACUACUCCUCACAUUUUCUGUUAAAUUUUAAAUGCUCAGUUCCUUUUCUUCAUUCUGUAUCCAACGUUUUACACAUAUAGUGUUGACAUAUUUAUGCCUCCUUUGAGACCGACUAUGAAACGAAUGAGCGCAACAGGAACUUCCUCUCUAAAUAUGGAGUACUGUUUUUCUUAUGGGCCCAGAAACAUUUUCUAACAUUGGUACACCCUUUAUCCUGCAGUUUGUUUCUGAUACAUACUGGCUCCAAACAGGAGUGGUUUGAUAUAACACACUGGAAAUCUCCAUUCUGGUUCAUCUUUUAUCAAGUCUGACCCAUUUUCUAAUGAAUGUUGUUGAAUUCCCACCAGGACUCCCUCUUCUUCUUACAGUACAAAGAAUGUUAACUAUGGGAAAUGUUGUCCUGAAUGUUCUGCACUUAAAAUAGUCAUUUAUAAAACAAUCUCAAAGUGUUUUAAAUGUUUUUAUCUACAAUCUGUUCACUCCCCCAACCUGGUCAGUACUGUUUCACACUGAUAUUUAUGCUGAAGCUGUCUUACAUGAUGACAUUUUUUCUUAUUUUGACUCCUCUAUUUUCACUCCACCCCCCUACCCUUCUUUUGUUCUCACUUGAAAAGUGUAAUUAUUAAAGAAAAUAUUCCUAUGCUACAUUUGUAGCCCCACAGAUUUUAUAAUAGUGUACAUGUGUAUGUACAUAAUGCAUAAAUAUGAAGAAUAAAGUUGACAGAGAACUGUAAAGGCAGGGGGAAUAUUUUGAUAUGUGCUUUGUCAGAAGAGUAAGUUUAAGGAGGGAUGCUGCAUCUAUAAAUAGUCAAGAGAAACUCUGAGGCUCACCGGCCCUUCCCACCCAGUCGUCAUGACAACCUCAACAUCAAUGACAACACAGUCUAAAACAGCAAGGCGUGUCUUUACACAGAACUGCCGCUUAAAUAGACAAGUCCUACCACAGAUGCAGCUGAUUGGAUCUUUUUAAUAACAUCAAGGUCAAAGCUGCUUUUAUAUCUCACUAUGGCCUUCAUAUAUUACAUACAAAGAUGCAAAACAGAUGGACUUAUAGCAGUUUGGUGAAUGCUUAGAAAGACUGAGGAAAAAAAUGUUGCAAGUUUGCUGAACAUACAUAGAUCAUAUUUAACUAGAUGCCUAGAGUUUAAUUUAUACAGAGUAAAGUGUUACCAAUCAAAAUCCUUUUUACUGUAAAUCUUACCCUAAUGGCUGGGGUCAGUCUCUGCCUCAAACAGUGGAGUUCAAGUAUCUUGGUGUGCAGGUGAUGGAAGGAUGGAACAGGAGAUGGGUAGACCUAUUGGGGCCUUGUCUGAAUCCAUCAGUAAUGUGGAUGCAGCGCUGGUCUGCAGAAUGAGCCAAAAAAGUAGAACUCUUGAUUUACUGGUCUAUCAACACAAUUGUUAAUAUGGGCACUAUCGUUAAUGCCCAGGGUGAUAUUAUGUGAGGGAGUGGAGAGGGUUCUUGGGAAAAAAAAAAAAAAGAGUUUUGCAUUGCUUAGUUUUCUUUGCCAUUCAAAAGGAAGUGAGUAGUCCUCUGUAUUGUCCACAGUGUAAGCACUAAAUUGCCAACUAAACUGCAAUUUAGUUGGCUUAUGAAGUUGGUAUCUGAUUUUAGAUUGCUAUCCAUGCUGAAUUAAAGGGGUUACACUUUUUUUAAGGACUCUUGACCACAUUUGAUCAACGUUUCUGGCAUCGAGACAACCUUAAAUUAAGAGAAGCAUAAAAACUUGCUACGAGUGGGACGUUUGUGAAGCUGCUGACUGCAGACUCCAUUAGAAGUGAUUACCUGACUAAUUAUCAUGUUUAUGCUUUUUUAAAGCUAUGAAGAGCAGAAAGCAAAAGGGUAUGCUCUUAUGUGCACGUUUUUUCUGUAUGUUUUCUGUUUUGGUUGAAUUUCAGAAUACAAUAUAUAAAAAUAUGUUAUUUAAGCAGCA